UGGGCCUGGGCCUGGGCCUGGGCCUGGAUUUGGACCUGGUUCCUGCAGAGGACCGAACCCAACCCAACCAGAGCGUCAACAGCAACCCAACAUGCCUUUCUUUUACGUUCAGCCUCCACAGCCUUACUUGCCAUACCAGUGGCCUAUGCCAAUGCCUUACUCUCCAUAUGGUGGCUUUCCAGGGUUUGGUUAUGGUAUGGUGUUGCCACCAUUUCCUCCUGCUUCUUAUGUAGAAGCUCCUGGCUACAUCGUUCCCCACACACAGAUGCACAUGGUGGAUUACAGGCGCAUGAUGACCCCUCAUAUGGCUCCCACGAUGGCAUAUCAAGCCCGUCGUUUUCGGUACCAGCACACCACACCCUCGGGCAGAGUCAUGGUCAGCUCAGAGGUCCAAACUGAACUCGUCGGUACUGAUUCCCAACGCAACAGUACCGUAAGUUCCCAGAAUACGUCCGAAUCUGGGAGGAGUUCCGCCUCUGGUAGCGUCCUCUUAUCACCGAAACUCGACGAGAACCAGUUACCGACUUGCCCUGAACAGGAAGCCAUCAAGUCUUCCACUAAAACGGCAGCAGAAAUGAGCGGCACUGCCACCUCGUCUGCUGUUCCGAACGGUGGUAUUCUGUUUCAGGCUGAAGAGGUGCGUAUCGAGUGUAGCGGGUCACCUUCUGCGCUUAAGAUCGUCCAUUCUCAGGAGACCGGCGAGCUAGCCAGGAAUGCAAGUGGUGAGCUCUUGCAGUGCAGCAUGGAAUCUGCGGAGGAUGUGGUUAUGAGGUGUUUUCAGUCUGUGCAGUUUGGGGAAAACGAUCAGAAGAAGUGUUUGGAAGAUCUGGGCCACUUGGAUGAGCAGUAUUUGCCACCUUGCCCAGAUAUUCUCCUGAUGAGAUCUUGUCCCACUGAUGGUGCCACUUUGGAAGGAUCAGAUGAACCAGCCAGCAGUACGUUACUCGGUCAAGGAGAUUCCAGCUUGGUAAAGAGUGCUGAAGAUACCUGUGUGCUUGGAUGA